AUGACUGCACCAACACCAAAUUGGUGGAAAUCGAGCACUUGCUACCAAAUAUGGCCCGCUUCAUACAAAGAUAGCAACGGCGAUGGCAUUGGUGACAUACCAGGAAUUAUUAGCACUUUACCAUACUUGAAAGAUCUCGGAAUUGAGACUAUAUGGCUUUCACCAAUGUACGCUUCGCCUCAAAAGGACAUGGGUUACGACAUUUCAGACUAUGAGGAUAUUUAUCCUCCCUACGGUACCCUUGCAGAUAUGGAUGAACUGAUCGAGAAGUGCCACGGCAUGGGCAUGAAACUUAUUCUCGAUCUCGUGGUUAAUCACACAAGUGACCAGCAUAAAUGGUUCGUCGAAUCCCGGAAAGAUAAGACCAAUAAAUACGCCGACUGGUAUAUCUGGCGUGACCCUAAAAUCGUCGAUGGUAAGCAACAACCCCCAAACAACUGGCGAGCAACUUUUGGCGGUAGUGCUUGGGAAUACGUCGAGGAACGUGACCAGUACUAUUUACAUCUCUUCGUUGCUGAACAGCCAGAUCUCAACUGGGAGCUGGAAGAGACCCGACAGGCGAUAUACAAGUCAGCCAUCGACUUUUGGCUAAAGAAAGGCAUCGAUGGAUUCCGUGUUGACACCGCCAACUUAUAUUCCAAGGACACCUUGUAUCCUGAUGCUGCAAUAACUGCCCCCGGCGAGGUUACACAACCGGCAUUUAAACAUUAUCUCAACGGCCCUCGCAUGCACGAGUGGCUGAGAGAGAUUCGGGAGCAAGUUCUGGACAACUAUGGUGACGUACUCAUGGUUGGAGAGCUGCCAUAUACCGAGCGAGAUGAGGUGUUGCGAUAUGUCUCUGCCGAGGCGAGAGAGUACAGCUGCGUGUUCGACUUUGACGUAGUCAUGCUCGGCAACGACCACGUGGGCGGCGGCAAGAAACACCAAACAUUCACCCACACACUACCUCAAUUCAAAGCUGCCAUCGCCAAAUGCCAGGACAUGUUGGUUGGUACGGACGCUUGGGUGACAGUCUUCCUAGAAAAUCACGACCAAGGUCGAAGUUUAUCGCGCUUUGCAACGGACAAAGAUGAGUUUCGGGACCAAGCAGCCAAGAUGCUGGCAGUGCUGCUAUGCUGCCUGACUGGAACCCUGUUUAUCUACCAAGGCCAAGAGAUCGGCAUGUACAACCACCCGGAACAUUGGGGAAUCGAGGAGAUCAGAGACAUCGACUCGCUAAACGCAUACAACGACGUCAAGGAGCGUCACGACGGAGACGAACUCUGGCUCAAGAAAGCUAUGAAGGGCAUCCAAGCCGUCGGCCGCGACAACGCCCGGCUUCCAGUGCACUGGGACGCCUCGCCCAACGCAGGUUUCACCACAGGCUCGCCGUGGAUCCGUGUGCACGACGAGUUCGAGAAGACCAACGUUGCUGACCAGCAGAAAGACCCCAACUCGGUGUUGCAUUUCUGGAAGAAGAUGAUCGCGCUUCGCAAAGAGCACGCCGAUCUGCUCGUCUUCGGCACGCAAUUUGAGGUCUGGGACCGCCAUGACCAGCAUGUCUUCACGUUCACGAAGAGCCAUCCCACAACCGGCGACAAAUUACUGGUGUUCUUGAGCUUCUCGGAUGAUAUCGAGCCACUGCACUAUCCGACUUGGGUGAAGGAUGCGGAGAAGGAGCUUUUGAUCAGUACGGUCGCUGAGGUCGGCAAGUAUUUGGCGCCGUGGGAGGCGAGGGCUUACUUGUUGAAAGGAGGCGCUGUGAAUGGUGCUUGA